AUGGCCAAGUAUAUGCAAAUGAAUGUGAAAGACUUCAAGGGAGGCAACUCUAAUGAUUUCACGGAAGGUUGGAAUCUUAGUACAACAUCCGUUGCAUAUUUUACUAUUGCAGGAAUUCCUGGACUCCAUGAGAUGACAUCACGGAUCAUUCUGUUUAUGUUUUUUCUUAUAAUAUACACUAUUGCAUUUAUAGAAAACUUUGCUAUUGUUAUUGUAAUAAAAGUUGAUCAUGCCUUGCAUUCCCCAAUGUACUUUUUAAUUUGUAACCUGGCAUUUCUCGAUCUGCUUAUUCCUUCUGUUACCAUCCCAGAAAUGCUGUACUAUAUAAUAACAGAGGACAGAUCAAUUGCUUUUGGACCAUGUGUUAUACAGAUGGCAUGCUACCUAACAUUUUUAGUAACAGAAUGUGUAAUAUUGGUGGUCAUGGCUUAUGAUCAUUACCAGGCCAUAUGCAACCCAUUGCUGUAUCCCACUAUCAUGACAACAAAGCAUGUUGUAGUUUUGUCUGCUUUUUGCUGGAUGGUGGGCAUUGUGGAAGCUGUGCUCCGAGUUUGUUUUAUACUCAAUGCACCUUUCUGUGGGCCAAACAAAAUUGAAUAUUUUUGUUGCGAUUAUUCUUCUAUCAUAUUGUUGGCAUGUGCUGAUGUGUAUGUCCAGAGUACAUAUGAUAAGAUCAUGUCCUUAAUUCUUGUCUCACUUCAAGUGUUUCUUGUUCUGUUUUCUUAUGGAAAGAUAAUUUCUGCUGUGCUAAGAAUCAGUUCUGCUGAGGGUCGAAGGAAAGCCUUUUCUACUUGUGCCAGCCACUUUCUUGUUAUUGGUGUUUUCUACUUCGUUAUAGCUUUUGUCUUAAUAUCUUAUGGAGUGCCAGGGUUUUCUGAACAGGUGCGUACUUUGGCAGCUAUAGUGCAGAACAUUGUCCCUCCUCUUGUGAAUCCAGUCAUUUAUUGUGCAAAAACAAAAGAAAUCAGGGUCAGUAUUAUAAAGUUUAUAAAUAAAUGGAAAUUAGGCCAGCCAUAG